AUGGCACAACCAACAAGUCCGUCAAUGUCCCUACCAGAUGGAGCUCCAAAUGGAGAUCCUACUGCAAAUUCCCACCAUAAGAGGUCUAACUCGGAAGUUCCUAUAGAUCCCUCCAUCUCGCAAGCUAGCCCGACCUACCCUCCCUACUCGCCAUACCCUCCAGGCCAAGAUAUGCAGCAUGCCUACCAAGCGCAGCAUCCUCCCUACAUGCAACAACGUCCCCCCCACGAGCAAUGGGGCGGUUACCCUCCGCAGCAUGGUAUGCCUGGCCCAUACCCGCACCCGGGGGGGCCAGGUGUCCAGGGCCCGCCUCAAACCUCAGCUGCAUCCCGACCCGGACAGGUAUGGAACAAGAGCGACAUUCGUAGUUUUGACGUGAUUGAGACGCUAACCUCAAAUCAUAUGCAGGUUUAUUCCUUCGUUCCGAUCCCAGGUGCUCAACAGCACAAACGCCCUCGCCGGCGAUAUGAGGAAAUUGAAAGAAUGUACAAAUGUGGUUGGAAUGGGUGCGAAAAGGCGUACGGCACGUUGAAUCAUCUGAACGCGCAUGUCACCAUGCAAUCUCAUGGCACCAAGAGAACACCUGAAGAAUUCAAGGAAAUCCGCAAAGAGUGGAAGGCCCGUAAGAAGGAGGAAGAGAACGCCCGCAAGGCUGAGGAAGAACGGCAACGGGCUGCAGCUCAAGCCAACCAAGUGGAUGGGCAGGCUCCAGAAGGUCACCAAGUUCCAGGCCAGGCGUAUCAGCAAAACGGCGGAAGGCCAUCACUGCCACCUAUUGGCUAUCAAGCUGCUGAUGGACAUAACCAAGGACAGUAUGGACAGCCCCAAGGAGGUAUGGUCUACCCACAAGGCAACGGCCAGAUGGGCAACUAUGCAAACUACCCCAACUCGCCAUACGGACAACAAGGCCAAGUUUACCAGCAGCGCCAGUACUAA